AUGUCAGAUGGGUGUUUUGUGUGUCUACUCGAGAAAAAGGGCACAACAUUCAAAGUGAUUGAUAAUCCUAUCUCGGCGGUUAGAGAAUUAAUAGAAAAUUCAAUUAAAGCAUACUCUAGGACGAUUAAAAUUAAACUAGAUGCAUUGAGUGGAGGAUAUAAGUAUAUUCAAAUUUGUGAUGAUGGUUUAGGAAUUGAAAAAUCAAAAAGACAUCAGGUGUUUUUACAAGAAAAGUUAACUACAACGAAAGGACGAUCUAUUAGACGUAAAUCGUUGUUCAAGAUUGGUAAUACGGCUUUGAAACAAGGAUCGAUUGAAGUUUGUACAAGGACCUCUUUGGAUAAGACAGCGUAUCAAUGGGAUAUUGCAAAAAGCUCAAUCCAGAAUGGUAUCAAAUUUCGAAAUGUGGUGUAUCACAGAGGAACAAAAAUAAUAAUACGAAAUCUACAUGAAUCUAAGAAAGCAAAUGAAAUUCAAGGUUUGAAUGUAGAUAUAAUUCAGAAAAUAAGAGAUAUUAUGUGUCACUUUUCUUUACUCCACAAGAAAAUCUCUUUUAAUCUAGAUCUUGUUCACUUAUUGGAAGACGGCAGUGUCCUCAUUCAAAAAAAGCUUCCCCCUCUCUUUCACUAUGAUGACAGAUACCACCAUUUUACAAAUAUCAUGAAAGGUUUUGGAAACGGCUCACUCUUCAGAUGCAUAAAUAAUUUGGCAUGUGGAAAAGACUUUAGUGCAAGCGUGAUUUUUCCUGAUAUUCUGACGCAGGAACCCUUAGUUACCAAAGGGUCUCACAGAUAUCCUUGUAUAAACAAUACGAUACAAGCAGCAGAGUCAAAGUUUGGACAAAGAGCUAUUCGUUUUUUUACUGAAUUAUACAAUGAAUUCAAUAAACCAGGCCCGAAUUUUUGGUUUUUACAGAUAAACUGUCACCAUCCGCAGGUAAGAAUUCUCUUUGGUGAAAGAAAUAGAAUGACGAAUGGCAUAAACGUUGACAGUAUAUUACUUACAUUGAGGCAGAAGAUAUUGGAGCUAUAUAAACUUGAUAAACCAGGUUCUAAAUUGGUUACCAAAGAGUUUUCAGAUGUUCGCACUCCAGAUUUAAUAGAUUCCUUCCCAGAUAGGACAUGUGAAGGUAAUAAUGUAGUGAAAGACUGCGAGCAAGAUUGGGUGACAGAUAUGUGUGAUUUUCAAGAAAUAAGAAGUCAAAAUAUUGGACAUGGGGGUGUUAUAUAUGACUUCACUAACGAUCUUUCAGAUGAUGAAGUUGAAACCGAUGAUUUGGUCCUUUCCAAAACCGUUUCUCUUUCAAACCCCUUCAUUCUUAGUCGUUUUCGUUCAAGAAAUGUGACAGCGUCUCAAAAAAAUCAAGGAUGCGGUUCGGAAACAGUUUUAGAUAUACCUCUAAUAUCAAGCCGCCCAUUCUCUUCUGUUAGCAAUGACACAUGUGAUAAUGAACACAAUAAAAAGAGGAAACUUCUGGAUAACAGCUUUAGUUUCGAAGGUGAUUCUACGACACUAGUUGAUAUAGAAGAAAAAACAGAUGCUAUUCAGCCUAGAAGCCUUCAGUCAUUCUAUGAAGGAACAAAGAACCUAAAGGUUUAUAGAAAAGUAGAGCAUAAGGAUUACACAAUUCGCAAUCUUUUCAAGACAUCUUACAAGAAAGAACUUAUUUGGUGCUAUCGGAAAGGUAUGCCAUCAUUGACACUUAUCGAUGGAAUCCAAGAAAAAAUGGAACAACUCGACAGUAAUGUUGAUAUUCAAUUAAGUCUUUUGGAAAAUGGAUGGUUUCUCAUUAGUAUAUGA